GAGAGAGAGAGAGAGAGAGAGAGAGAGAGUAUUCUUACAGUCUCAUCUCAUCAAAUACUGAUGAGAGAAGUGCACUGAUAUUCACAAUCCUUAAAGACAAACUCCAAAGACUAGAGAUUAGAGGGAAGACUGAAAUCCAUCCACAGUUUUUAUGGCUAAAGCUGAUGCAAGUGAUUUCGAACUUGAGGCCAAGCGCAAAGAAGACUCUUCUUGGCAUCCUUGCCAGGUUUUCUUCAGUGCGGAUAGCUCUACUUCCUCCGGUCUUACUGUCAACUUUGGAAGCCAGUUUGAGGAGGAAGUUAUAUUUUCGGAGGAAGAAGCUUUAGCGCGUCUUCGUUUCCGUUCCAGUCCUCUUCAAGGUGAUGAUUGUUCUCAUAUUAAAGAAGGUGAUCAUGUUCUUGCUAGUCUAAAGACACAAAGUAAGAGCCUCUUCUUUGAUUGCGAGGUGGAGAAGGUGAGCCGGAGGCACACAAAGAAAAUCUACUGCAGAUGUACUUUUCAGAUCAAACGGCUUUGCACCGAUUCUCAGGAUGGAACUGUGAAUGUCACAUCUAACGCGAUAAUGAAAAUCUCUACAACCAAACUUAGCCACCAUUCAGCUGUUGCAACGUUCCUGAAUUCUUUUAAAAGCCUAACCUGCUCAAAUGUAUCUUCACUUGUCACGUGUCCUGUUCCUGAGACCGACAUACCCAUAAUGCUGGAAAAACAAAUAGAAGAUAUCUUCAGAUCAGUUCAUGCACCUGUGGAAGGACUCAUAGAAGCAAAAGGAUGUCUACCUCGUGCCACUCUGGAGGAGUCCAAUAGGGCCUAUCUCAGUCCUCUAGGCGCUCGUGCCGCCUUAGCUUCAUUGAUGCAAGAACGGCCAAGAAAUUCAGAUGUUCCUAUCUGCCACGUGGAGUUGGAGCAAGAAGACUUAGUCGAUGCAUCUCAAAAGACUGCCAAGAACGAGGAGCACAGCAGGGGAGCAGUUUUGACUGUGACUCGUACUUUGAACUUUGAUGUUGCACAGGAAGGGGCAUCUAACAAAAAGAGAGCAUCGAUCAAAAGGAGAGCUUCCAAGAAGACUUCUCAGACAGAAGAAUCUGCUAAUUUGCGAGUCACUCAGGAGAAGCCAAUCCAGACUCGUAAUGAGCCAGAAGAUGAGAAAUGUAAUACUGCUUCUUCUGUGAAACACUUAAAAAGCUCAGCAUCACGAAAAAAUGUGAACCUUCCUGUGGGAGCUUCUAGGUUGACACGUUCUACCGCUCAGAAAGAAAUCAAGAAUUUAAAUAACCACGUGGAGCUAAAAACUCCAACCAAAGAUAAAAACCAGACGCUUGAUGAACGACCAGAAGAUAAGAAAUCAGAUACUGCUUGUGCUGAGAAACGCUUGACAAAAUCUACAGUGGGGAAAAAUGUGAACCGCUCAAUGGAAACAACUAGGUUAACACGUUCCACAGUUCAUAGAGUAAUCGAGAAUUCAAAUAAUGAUGUUGAGCUUAACCCCCCAGCAGAAGAUAUACACACUUUUCCAAGCCACAUGACAAGGUUAACUCGUUCAGUUUCCCAAAAAGGAGGAAAUUUGAAAUUGAAAAAAGGGUUGGAGGAGAGGAAACAAGCUGAAGGUGGAUCUUUGGUGAUAUUAUUACCAGUACUCGAUACUGGGUCACCCAAGAAGAGAGAUCAAGUUUCAACAUUGGGUAAGCAAACCAAGAUGAAGAUACCAUUAUCCUCUCCUGUUGGGUCUGAUGUACAAUCAUCCCAGUCCCGAGAAAGCAAUAAGAAGCAAAGAGUUGCUGACAUAUCCCCGAACAUUGCAGGAAAAGUUACUCAAAAAGGAGGAAAUUUGAAAUUGGACAAGGGGUUGGAGGAGGGCAAGCUAGCUGAAGGUGGAUCGUUGGUGAUCUUAUUACCAAUAUUUGAUUCUGGGUCACCCAAGAAGGGUGAUCAAGUUUCGACAUUGGGUAAGCAAACCAAGAUGAAGAUGCCAUUAUCCUCUCCUGUUGAGUCCGAUGUACAAUCAUCCCAGUCUCGAGAAAGCAAUAAGAAGCGAAGAGUUACUGACAUAUCCCCGAACAUCGCAAGAAAAGGUGCGGUUUCAGAGAGUAAAGGUCGUUCAGAGGCUGGGUUGCGCUUCUCACCCCGCCUUAAGUUCCUCUCACGGACAGGAUCUUAGAAGCAGGCGUCUGGAUGUAAAAUGCUACCUUAAGUAUAAAAUUAGACGUAGUAGGAAGAUAUUGGCCGAUGGGCUCCCAGGAUUUGCUUCAUCUUUUGGAGUACAUGUACAGGACCUCAAGUACGUAGGUUUUGAAGAACAAAGACAACAACCUUUUGGUUUAGAACUUAGAGAUGAAUAUGUAUGGGGCUCUAUCGUUACUGUCAAUUUUGUGGGAAUGCCGACCAUAAUCAUACAAUUUAUGUAUUGAAAUGAUAAUUAGCUCAGAUAUUAUACUUCUGACCCUUUUGGGAGCAGGUUUCGUAAAAAUGUCCGGUGUGCAGAACUAACAAGCAGUUUAUCUUGGUGGA